AUGUCGUUGUUUGUCACUCCGUCUGGUGAUCGCCAGUUUGGAUGUGAAGAUGGCAGCUGUAUAUCUAGUGUUAAUGUGUGUGAUGGGACCUCAGACUGCGCUGAAGGGGAAGAUGAGAAGAAUUGUACGUGUGGACAACACACUUUCAGUUGUUCUGAUGGCACAUGCAUCCCAAUUAGUAAAGUAUGUAAUCAUGUCAACGACUGUCCUAAUGGAACCGAUGACGAGAAUUUUUGUAUUUAUCCGCCGUGUAAAACAGGGCAGUACAGAUGCCAGAAUGGGGAAUGUAUCGACGAGAAAGACAAGUGCAACUUUUUUAAAGACUGCUUAGACGGAUCCGACGAAAUUCCCCAAAUUUUGUGCCCCUGUGAAAAGUGUUACUCUGGCAAAUGUUUAGCUCCUCAAAAUGUGGACGAUCGCUAUCCAGAUUGCUUUGGUGUGACACAAGAGGAUGAGUCACUUUCAAUGAUUCCAGUUAUUAAGCGCAUGUCCUUAAAUUGCCAAGCUGGUGCUUGGUCACUCCCUGUAUCUCUGCCUUAUUGCUCAAAGACUAAUGAAAUGAGAUGCACGCAUGAACAUGUUCGUUGUAUUGAUCGACAACUGGCUUGCGUUCACGACAAAAUCAAGCACGAACGAUUUCAAACAUGCAGAGGAUUUGAACAUUUACAAAACUGCGCUAGUUUUCAGUGUCCACACAUGUACAAGUGCCCUGGCUCGUAUUGUGUCCCACUUCGACAGGUGUGCGACGGGGAGAAAGAUUGUCCAAGAGGAGAGGACGAGUAUGGUUGUGCUAAUUACACAUGUCCUGGUGGUUUCAGGUGUAAAGGAGAACGGCAAUGUCUGCACCAGAGCGAGGUAUGCAAUGGUGUGGUCAACUGCAAAUUUUCUGAUGACGACGAAAGGUUCUGUGACAUAAAGACAUGCCCCACGAACUGUGUCUGUAGUGGGUAUUACGUAGACUGCACGGGAGGAAAUGCAUCCAAGGUACCGAAAUUAUCGCCAUUCACCAGAGGCCUUGCUUUUGGGGACAACAAACUUCAUUUAACAAACAAAACGUUUGCGAGUCAUCAUUUUCUUGUGAAACUUAAUAUCAGUUCAAACGAAAUCGAUAUCAUUCCUAUCAUGGCAUUCAUUAAUUUAAAUAACCUGUUAGAGUUGGACCUACGGGGUAACAAAUUGUCUUCUUUGCAAGCAAAUGCCUUGAAAGGUUUGUUGAAUUUGAAAACCUUGUUGCUAAGUGGAAACCCAUUAUCUAGAAUUUUCCCCGGCACAUUUGAUGGUGUUUCAGCCCUAUGUGCUUUGGAUCUUAGUAGGCUUCAUAUUAAGACCAUUCAUGCACAUACAUUUAAAGGCUUAGACUCGUUAAAAAAUCUGAAUAUAAGUUUCAACAAAAUAUCCACGAUAAAGGAUGGUGCUUUUCAGGGUUUGCCCAAAUUGGAUAAAGUUGAUAUGUCUGGGAAUGAGGGCAUGUUUGUCGAAAUGGAAGUUUUCGUAAAUUUUUCAGCUAAAACAUUAAUAACAGACAGGUUUGGAAUCUGUUGUCUCACUGUUGGGAAAGUAGACGAAUGUUUACCUAAACCUGACGAAUUUUCGUCAUGCUCCGAUCUGCUUUACGACAAGUUCUUACAAGUCUCUGUCUGGGUUAUGGGUAUUCUUAGUUUGGUUGGGAACCUUUUUGUUUUUGUGAACAGACUACGUGAAUACAAAAUUACCCCUCCAAUAUUUUUCAUAGUUAACCUCUCAGUUUCAGAUUUUCUAAUGGGUGUAUAUUUGAUCAUUAUCGCCUCGGUUGACACCCUCUACCGUGGGGAGUAUUUUGUUCAUUCCGAAGGCUGGACAGAUAGUGUGUUAUGCAAGACUGCGGGGUUCCUUACAAUGCUUUCAACAUUGAUGUCUAUGUUGAUAUUAGUUUUGAUUACAACAGACAGAAUGAUAGCCAUUGUGUUCUAUUUUGUAUGCUGGGGGCCGGUGGUAUUGUUAGGGUUUCUAAGUAUGGCCAACGUGCCAAUUGCACCACAAGUGUCAAACUGGGUAGCCGUGUUCGUGAUGCCGUUCAACUCCGCUAUCAACCCCUAUUUGUACACACUUGCCAACGUUAAGCUAUGUGGUAAGAAAGAAAAAUCAACGACACGCGACACUCCUGUAGCCAAACAUAAUAAACAAAAACAAGUAUCUGCAGACAAAGAAACAGAGGCGUGA